CAGAGUCACUAACACUAGAGCCAAGCCAUUCAAUGUAAUGAGCAUUAAAGUCACCAACAACAAGGAUAUUCGCUGAUGGAUAAAGAGAGAGUGCUUGGUCAAUCUGAUCAGAAAUACCAUCGAAAAGAGUGCAAUCUUGAGAUAAAGGAGAGUGGUAUGAGCAAAAAAAAAAGCAAUAGAGUGAAGUGGUGCUAAACGAAAGCACAUAAAUGAAUAGUCUGUGGGGUCAAAUCUGACAAAUGGGUGAAUUCUUAUGAAUGUAGAUGCCCAGGCCGAGCAUGUGACUAUUGGAGUCUUCACAAACUAAAGGAGGAUAACCGUCAAGGUUAAGAUCACAAGAUGAGACAGCUGAACUCAAAUUAGUCUCACAAAGAACAAGUAGUUCUAGUAAACUUUGCAUGAGAUAAGACUCAACAGAAGAAAAGUUACUUCAAAGACCUUGAAUAUUGGUGAAUGAUAGGUUUAGAGAACUUGAUGAUAACAAUGGUUUUUUUUUGUUUUAUAGUUUUAGGUACUGUAUUCAUUUUUAAAUUUGUUAAAGAAAUUGACUCAAAACAUAGAUGUACUCAGUCAGAGUUGCCAGAUGUCCACAGGUUUGGCGCUGUAUUCUCCUCAGUAAAAGCCGGACAUCUGGCAACCCUAUACUCAGUACACUGUUUAGUAGUCCAAACAAUUGCCUCAAUACUAUUAAUAAACCCUAAGUCGUAACAAAGGACUCCAAAUGGUCUUGACAAUGCACACCAAAAGUAGGAACAGGGACACCAUCCAUGUGCAACUUGGCAUUGUUAUUACUCUGAUAUUUUAUAGCUUGAUGGAAUCAGCCUCUCUGAGAGCUACCACAGAGUUUAGGAAACCUGACUACCAGCUGGCCUCAGAACCAUAAAACAGAGUUCUAGAGCUGUAACCUCAUUAGAAGAUAAUAGAAUGAGUUGCCUAGUCGUAAAAACAAAUACACAAGCAAAAUCUAUGCAUUUAUCAAGAAGGUCCACCAUUCAAAAUCUUAAACUGGAAACAAUCCACUAUAAAUACAAAUGUGACAAACCGUGCAUUUCCACAAUAUGAAUAUUAUUUUUGGUUGCAACAGACAAUAAAUCAACUCAGUUAAGAGGAUCGUGAUCAUUGUUAUGAGGAUCAAAGUACUGGCAAAAAAGUACUGGUGAACAAUAGGUUGCUCGUCGUUUUGAUAGAUUCAGUACUACAGAUGUUAUUGUUAAUGAUAACCAGUAUCACCAUGUUAAAGUUGGAUUAAAAGACAAUAGAAUCUAUCUUGUUUUAGAUGAAACUCAUACAAUAACUGAAAAUGAUUUCGAUAGCUCAUACAUGGGAAAUUUUUUACUUUACUCUGGCGGAGCACCAAAAGUAUAUACUGAUAGCAAAGAAAACAGUUUUAUUGGUUGUGUAACACAGUUUCAAUUUCAAGAAUCAAGUCAAUCAACUUUUUAUACUCCAAAAGUACAUCAAGAGAAUGGAACAGGGCUCGGAUGUGAAGACAGAUGUCUCUCUCAAAGUACCCAGCAAUGUUUGAAUAAGGGUAGAUGUUUGAAUCGUUAUGUUAAAACAAGUUGUGAUUGUAGAGGGACCGGGUUUCAAGGCGAAACCUGCCAGACACCGUCGCAAUCAUUGCAAUUUCAUGGUGGUCACUUGAUCUGGAAACCACAUGCAAAGCUAAAUUAUUACAACACUGAGAUUUUUGUUCGGUUUAAAUCAUACCAAAGUUCAGGUAUUAUUCUAUUCAUCAAAGCUAAUCAAUCAAAAGAUGGAUACAUACUGCUUGAACUACACAAAAAUGCCCUGGUUUUACGUUCUAAAUCAAAAGAUGACAUUGAAGAAAUAAUAACUCUUGGAGAUAAUCUUAUCAAUGAUGUUGUAUGGAGAUAUGUUAGAAUCUUUCGAAAUCACCAGAUAAUUUCACUAGUGUUUGAUGAUGGUAUUUCAAUAAGAAGUUAUACAAAAGAAAUGCAUCAAAUUUUCGAUGUGGGGAAUGACUUAACAGAUAUUUUCAUUGGAGGACCUCAAGCUCUUACAGAGUCUCGUAGCCAAACCAGUUUCAAGGGAUGCAUGCAAGACAUAAUUAUUUCCCAGGUCAACUUAGUUGAAAAAGAAGCAAAUAAUUAUGGUGAUAUUGAAUAUAUGUCAAAUGUAAAAGAAGGAUGUUCACCAGCAUUCAAUUCAAGUUACGAUACGUCUUUUCCAAGUUUACCAUCUAUUGAAACUUCAGAAUAUAAUUCUUCUUUUCACAAUUUAUCUUUGCAAAUUACAUUGAAAAAGGAAGAAACAACGCCCAAGUAUUUUAGCGAGGAAAGUUAUAAGAGCAAAUCAAGUAACUUUAUGUGGAUUGUUGUUGGUACGUGCAGUCUUAUCAUUGUUUUAAUAUUUAUUGUUGUGCUUUUUAUUCGGAACAAAUACCAUAAACGUCAAAUCGAACGAAAAGAAAUUCGAGCUCAUUUUCUGAGAGAGACAGACGAUGAAACGCUGCCAAUAACAGCGGCUUCAGUCAACAGUCGUACAAAAAAAAGAUCUUGCGAUUUACAAACGUUUAGUCCAGUGCGGAAAGCGUUUUAUGUAUCGUCGACGGAUGUUGAUAUAUUACGAAAAGAAAAUCUUGUUUAAAAAUUUAACGAUAUUAAAUAUCUUAAAUGAGAAAUAACAGUAUGUAAAUAGUAUAAUUACAUUUGUAAAUAAUAAAUUUAUGUUUGUCUCUCGAACAGUAGAUAGUAAAUAAAAAACAAAUAAUCUAAUAAAACAAGAAUAGUUUCAUGAUCAA